AUGGCGACUGCAAAAUCGGACUGUCGUCUCCUCUCGGGAAAGAUAUCACAGCAGCAACCUGGCUGCGAAGACAGCGCCAACAAUGAACCCGCUGCCUAUAUUCCACUCGUCGAUUUUUCCUCCUGGAGAUCGGGAAAUACGCCAGAGAAACGUAUGAAAGUUGCCAAAGAGAUCGUGUCGGCGUGUCGGAAUGUUGGAUUUGCAUAUAUUACCAACCAUGGCAUUCCUGCAGAGCGCCUGGCGGAGGCAUUUGCAUGGUCAAAACGGUUUUUUGACCUCACGCCUGAGCAAAAGCUCCAAGCUCCACACCCGAAUGGUUCUUCAAUCCAUCGGGGAUAUUCCUGGCCAGGCCUCGAAAAGGUAUCACAGGAAAUGGGUGAUAAGGACAUGCCGGAAUUAAUAAUAAAGAAAUUGCGAGCUAUCCCCGAUUAUAAGGAAAGCUAUGAUAUGGGAAGUAAUGAGGAUUCUCACCAGCCGAACGUCUGGAUUCCCGAAGAUACGCUUCCCGGCUUCCAAAGCUUUAUGAUGGAGUUCUAUUGGGAAUGCUUUACCGUUGCUAGUGAUAUUCUUAGAGCAAUAUCCAUUGGCAUCGGUCUUGGAGACGAGCACCACCUGCUCAAAUUACACUCUGGUCAUAAUAACCAACUUCGGCUCCUCCAUUAUCCUCCAUUGCCGGCUGCAGCGUUGGAGAACGAACGGUAUGCCCGUAUGCCUGCUCAUACAGAUUGGAGUUCCAUUACCAUACUCUUCCAGGAUGGUUGUGGCGGCCUAGAGGUUGAAAAUAUCAAGCAGCCAGGCCAGUUUAUUAGAGCCACGCCGAUCGAAAACGCUCUUGUCAUGAACGUUGGCGAUCUCCUUCAAAGAUGGAGUAAUGAAGAUGGUUUUCAAGCCCUCCAUAAUUGA